UAGUUAUAGUGUUCUGUGGUCCAUAAACUGAAACAAAAAUAAAUAACAAAAACUCUAAAUAUCAUUGUUAUUCUCGCAUAAAUCACUUGUAUAGAGUAUUAUUAGUUUAUUUAUACCCGAAUCUAAUAAAAAAAUACGUUUAUCAAAGGUUUCAACAAGGACUUCGUAUAUAUAAAGAAUCAAAGAAUGAAUUUUAGUAACCUAUGAAUAUUGUCCCCUAUCUGUCUCCUAAGUUAAAUAUUUUUAAAUUUUAUUGAUUAUGACAGAAUAAUAAAAUAUAAUUUAACAGUAUUUCUUGUUUUCUUGUUUUGCCAUCUAUGCAUCUGUAGACAUAGCAAAAUACAGUACGUUAUGCGUCAAUUCGAGCGAUUGACCUGUUAGGUAUUGUUUCGUAUAAGUUUAUGUAAUAAUUAAAGUAACACAAAAUAUACGCGACUUCUAACAAUGACCUCACUACUAAGGGUCUGCAGUUUGAUCUCAAGAAAAAGAUGUUUUCAAGAAUUUGCAUCACAAAGUCGUCCUAUUACGUAUUUUACACGUAUCCCCAGUAAUAUUAAGAAAUUCACAUCAGUUUUACAAGUGAAAUACUUUUCAGCAGAAAAUGAUAUGAAAUUGGAAAAAAAAUUAGUGUAUACAGGAAUUUUGUCACACCAUUUUCGUAAUAUUAAAGUAUUUUCCUUCUUAACAUCGUUUGGAAGCUUCGUGUUUCAACCAAUACUUUAUCAAAAAGCUCUCGAAGAUGAUACUAUGUUAGCAUUUGUGGGAAUAAUUGGAGUGAUUAACUUCUUUGCCAUAGGUACUCCGGUAUUAAUACACUUAAUAGCAAAAAGAUAUGUUACCGAUUUGUACUAUUUUCCUCUUGAAGAUAAGUACCUUGCUCUAAGGUAUUCCUUUUUUCUUCGCAAGAAAGAGAUUCCCUUUAAGGUACACGACGUGCACGUUCCCGAUGUAUGUGGUAUGUUCACAACGUGCUUUAUAAAAGGAAAUCCACUCUUCUUUAAUGAAGCAGAUUUUAAAGAUGCCAGUCAUUAUUAUAAUAUCAUGGGAUUCUAUAAACCAAUAGAUUUUAAAUUGGACACUAAUGUAAAUGUAAAUGAAAUUAAAACACUCAAAGAGGAUCAUGGUCCACUAAAAAUUGAAAAUAAACAGUAAGGGUA